AUGUAUAUAUUUUUGCAGAUACAAAAUUGUUUUGAUGCUGGCUAUUAUAGCAAAGUUUUGGAUUUAGUUCAAAUUUUGGAAUCAAAUAACAAAACUGAUUUAGAUUUUAUUGAAAUAUUAGAGAUGAUGAAAUUUAUGAGUAAAAUUGAGUUAAAUGAAGAUUAUACAAUGGAAAAUAUUAAAUCACUAUAUGAGGAUGUUAUAAACCAGGAUAAAGUUGGUAUUGCUGCUACUUGCCUGUAUUUUAUAUAUUGCUCACCUGAAGUAUCAAAAGAUGAGAAAUAUGAAGUAUUAACAAAAAUGAAACAACUAUAUUUAAAGAGAUUUGGUAAAUCUCCAAUCAUUGAUACUUAUCUGAUAUACAUGUACUUAAUAGAUGGUGACUUUCAAUCUGCAUUAUCACUUACAAAUGAAUCUCUUCCAGAAACGAAAAUACUUAGGGUUUUUAUAUAUUGCCUUAUGAAUCGUUAUGAUUUAGCUCAUGAUAUAUUUAAUCAAAUUCUAGAAACAUAUAAUGAUAAUGUAAGUGAUACAACACAACAAAUUCUAUCAAUGUCAGAUUUUAAGGAAUCAGUAGUUGUAAGGAUAGCAGAAGCAUGGAUACAAUGUAUAAAAGGUGAUUAUAACAGUGCAUUUGUAACAUUAGCAAAUAUACAGACAGAUUUUGGUGGAAAUUCUACAUUACUAACUAAAAAUAAGUCAGAUUCAACGAAUUAUGUAAAUUAUACAGAUAAGGAUUACCAAUCUUGUAUUAUCUUAAAUAGUACAGCUGUAAUACAUAUGCAACGACAACAUUGGUCAGAAGCUUUGGAGUUGUUAAAAAUUGCUUAUAAGCUAAACCCGAAAUCGGUAGAUACACUGAGCAAUCUUAUAUCAUGUUGUUAUUUUCUUAAUAAACCGGGGGAAGCAGAACAUUACUUUAGUGAAAUGCAAAUUCUAAACAAUAAUCAUGAAAAGGUUUUGAAAAUAAAUUUGCUUGAUAGGGCUUUUCAAAUAUGA